GGGUGGGGUGGGGUGUGGAUUAAUGGAGGAGCAGCAAAGCAUCGUUUAUAAAAUUAUUGAAUCAGGGAGACUGGCGACAGUUGCAUGCGAGUGCUCGCGCCGAGGCAGACGCCGCCAUCAGGGACCGUUGGUGUUGCGGUGACGCCCUGCCCACAGUUCGGGUUCUUAGUGAGGGUGAGGUGUCGUCUGCUCCAGCCUGUCGUCUAGCCGUGACGUCAGCAACGACGGACAACGACGGUCGUCUACCCUCCAUCAAACAUCGCAUCUUCAGUCCAUCAGCUGUCGCACCUGCUGCAUCUGCUGCACGACGGAGGACAAGCACGUGCCGUGCCGAGAGAAUCUUGACUAAAGAUGGCCUUCGUCACAACGCCGGAAGUGACGUCGUGUUCACCUGAUACUCACCUGGAACGAACACAAAUCAGGGGAGCUAAGCGACCUAGAAACAGAACAACCUUCAGUCCCUACCAACUGGAGGAAAUGGAAAAGGCAUUCAGAAAAGCCCCUUACCCGGAUGUGGUAACACGUGAGGAACUCGCUCAGCGAUUGGCUCUUCAUGAGUCACGUGUUCAGGUCUGGUUUCAAAACAGACGAGCGAAAUGGAGAAAGGGCCUAGCACCUAAAGUCGAGGUCCUUCCUGCUUCCGACACUCCUCAGCAGAAGACAGACGCCAACGUCAUCAGGCGAGGUUCCAAUGCGCAUGCGCUGCAGGUGAUUUCCGCUAUGCAUAACACCCUCGCAGACAUCACAAGUCACAGGUCUCGCCCAGUAUUUUCAGAUGUCGACAGAAGGAGUCCAUUUUUAUCCUCAUUUACCGCCUUCCCAAUGCCUCCUCACCAGACGAGAGUCGUCAGCCCAACGAGGGAUAACUCGUGCUUCUCAUCCCCCGCAAUUCGUCCUCUUCCGCAGUGGCCUCCCCUGUCGCCGAGUUACCUCUGGUGCCAGGCAGGCUUCCUUCCCGGCAUUACCGCUCGUCUCCCCUGGAGUGCUCGCUGUCCCUGUGUAACCCUCUCAACCUUCGCGAGCAGGCCAUGUCAUUGGCAGGGGGAGCCACUCACUUCGACAUGGUGCGCGAGGGAGACGGCAAGCUGCUGGACGACAAGCACGCCGCCAUGUAUGACGUCACCGUCUGCGAGGCGGCGCCCUCCUUCAGGGAGCGGUUCACCGAUACCAGACUGCGCUGCGCCAAGAUGUCGGCCUUGGCGUCGAGCUUUUCUGACAUCCGGGACUCGCAAGUCGGCUUGAACAUGGCGGAGCCUGUCUUCAGCCGGGAUCUUCACGACUACGUCACCUCGUCGAAAGGUGACGUCACUGAUUGCGUAGCCGAUGACGAUGAAAUCAUCAAUGUGUGCGACGUUGUUGCACCUUCCUGAUUCGCCCUGGCACGUCACACGCAGGUGCAACAAAUUGUGCGACAAUCUACCUGUCUCACCUUUCCUGCCCGCUAAACAUUCUUGUCUGCUGUCAAGAUGAAGCGAGAAGUCACGAGAUUUUUCUGGGGUCUGCAAAAGUAGUUUUAGACAGGGCGGGGAGGUUACCGAGCUCGUCAGUCUUGACUAAAAUACUGUUAUCCUUCUGUUAGCCUCACAGGGCAUGGCGAGCAAGCUCCGUGUAUCCACUCAACUCUUAAUUAUCAAUUUCUAGAGGAGCGGGAUGUCAAUAUGCAACAAACUGCUCGUACACAACUCAUGCAAACCUUCAGACAUAUCGCAACCUUUAGUAUUUCUGGGUGUGCUAGGGGGGAGGUUAGUUGUUGUAGGUGAACAUGAUUAGCUGUCAAUGUUUAGCCCUCCACUUGUACAGCUCACACACAAAUCUCAGAUGACCUUUCUUUAGGCGUACAUCCGGCUCUUGAACUUGCAUCACUAGACUGAACAAACAAACAAACACACACACAGACACACACACAGACACACAGACACACACACACACACACACACACACACACACACACACACACACACACACACACACACAGACACACACACACACACACACAUUUUACAAUUGUUUAAUUCGCGUUAACAGCUGUAACUCACAACAUUAGAGGGAAAAAAAAAGCCUGACCACGGAAACUAAGGAAACUAAAGUGUAAUGAACACAACAGACCCAGUAAUGAACAGUGACAGUAAUGAACAGUGUCAGCAAUGAACAGUGUCAGUAAUGAACAGUGACAGCAAUGAACAGUGUCAGGAAUGAACAGUGUCAGUAAUGAACAGUGACAGCAAUGAACGGUGUCAGGAAUGAACAGUGUCAGCAAUGAACAGUGUCCGCUGACAGUAAUGAACAGUGUCAGCAAUGAACAGUGUCAGUAAUGAACAGUGACAGCAAUGAACAGUGUCAGGAAUGAACAGUGUCAGCAAUGAACAGUGUCCGCUGACAGUAAUGAACAGUGUCGGUAAUGAACAGUGUCAGUAAUGAACAGUGUCAGCUGACAGUGACAGUAAUGAACAGUGACAUCAAUGAACAGUGACAGCUGACAGCGAUUACUUGUUACAGUUGCUCGCAUGGCGGACACACCACCUUCACUUGUAUUGUUUUGUACCUGCCAAACACCUAAUAAAUUUGCGCGGCAUCUUUUC